UUCAAAACCGAAUAUCACCCAAACAGUGGACGCACCCCUGCCAUUGAGACCUUUUCCACCUUUGGACACCCUGUUGAGGCAGAGGCCAGUUCCACGCCCAUCGUCGACAACACACCUUGGCAACCCUUUACAUGCCGCGCAGAUUUCGAAUUCGCAGAACUUGCCCACCAAGCGGCACUCAAUAAGGAUCAAACCGACAAAAUGCUGCAGUUGAUAUGGCAGAUUGCUGAGGGACAAGCGAAGUUUACGUUCAGAUCUCACACUGAAGUGUCGAAGGCCUGGGAUCGAGCAGCCACUCAAAUGACGACUUUCAAGAAGCACGUCAUCUCCAUCCCUUACAAGAAGGAGGAAAUCGAAUUCGACGUACAUACACGGCCGCUGUGGGAUUGGGCUAUGGACUUGUUGCAAGAUCCCCUGUUGGCACCGCACUUCGUUUGGGACGCGCAACGUUUGUACAAGCACGAUGGUACUGACUUUAAACAGUUUAUUCACGAGCCUUGGACCGCAGAUCGGUGGUGGCGAAUUCAAUCAUCGUUGCCGAACAACGGUGUUCCAUUCGCCUUCAUCCUCUACGCCGACAAAACACAUCUCACUUCAUCUGGGCACGUGAAGGCAUACCCAGUGAUAGCUCAUUGCGCAAAUCUUCCUGUUCACAUAAGAAACAGUGACGGAAUUGGAGGAGGUCGUGUGGUGGGCUGGCUGCCGAUUGUUCCUACAGAUUCCAAUGAAGAUGGAAAACUCAAUUACACAAACAUGAAACGUGUUGUCUGGCAUAAGGCGUUCAUCAAGUUGUUGGAAUCCAUCAUCCUGUACUCCAAAACAGGCUUUGCGCACAGAUGCUUUGACGCCAUCAUGCGAUGGCUAUACCCACUAAUCCUACUUCUGUCCGCAGAUUAUGAAGAACAAUGCGUGAUGGCAUUAAUUCGCGGGCUACAUUCAAAUUGUCCCUGCCCUGUCUGUUGUAUUCCCUCGACGAAACUUUCUGACCUCAACGCAACAUAUCCUACUCGAACUGUCGAAGACGCAAAAGCUUUUUUAGAGCUGUAUUUGAGGGACCGCAUUGCUGGGGCAGAAGUCCUGAAGGUGCAUGGUUUACGCCCCAUUGCGAAUGCGCUCUGGGAAGUCAACAACUCCGAUCCUCAUGAGACGCUCUCAUUCGAUCCCUUACAUGUCAAUGACAUUGGUAACUGGGGCAACCACCUUUUCGGGGAGCUCAAAGUCCGUGCAAAGGCACUUGGUCGUGAGGCCGAGGCGAAAAUCGAUAAACAGUUCGAAGCGUUUCCAAGAUGGCGUGACUUGAAUCAUUUCAAGUCUGUCAUGACAAUAUCAUUUAGCGAUGGCAACAAACUCAGAGAUAUUGCGAAGCAAAUGCUGUACUCAGCACAAAAUGUGUUGAAGCGCAGUGAAGAUCCUGUUGGCUAUGCCCUAAUGCAGUGUAUAGGUAGCUACCUGCGACUGACUAUGUACAUAGCGCUCGAUGUGCAUACCGAAGCAACACUCACUGCUGGCGAAGCAGAGCUUCGAGUAUUCGGGACACGCUUACAUGCAUAUAUCGACAUCCAGGGCGAAGAUUUGACGAAGAACUGGAAUUUCCCUAAGGUGCAUGCUCUGACACAUGCUUUCCCCGACAUUCGC